GUGAGUCCAGCAUGGCUGCCCCCUGUUGCACUGUGGUGUUGUGGCGCUAUGUAUGAGGAGCCCUGUGUCCGCUGUGAUGAGUGAGCCGCCGCUGACCUACAGGAUCGUUACUAUGAGGUCCUACCAGGCUGUACUGCUGCUGCUCGCCGCCCUGGCAGUGUUUGCCUUCUAUUACUUGGGUUCUGGGAAGGAGAAUUUCUCCAGCACCACUCGGAGGAUGAAGGAACACAGCGCAAUCCCAGACAUGGAGCUGUUGCCUCCUUCUUCCUCAGAACUGAAGCUGGGUGAAGGGAAGAGCAAGAACCUGGAGAGCCGGGGGGUGCAGGACUACCAUGUCCUGAUGAUGUUCACCAAGGUGGACAGGGCUCCAGGGCUCAGGAGCAAGUUCCAGGUGGCGCUCCGCUCCCUGGUCAAGUACGGCAAGUUCGAGAGUACGGAGGUGCUGAGCCUGCACUUUGUAGCUGACGAGUCCAGCAAAGAGAUCGGCAAGACUAUGCUCCGGGACCUGCUGCAGGGCGCCAGCUUUAAGUAUAAGGUCAUUUUCCAUGAUGUCAGCAGCCUGACAGAGAAGCUGGUUCCAAUAGUAGAAGCCAUGCAGAAGUUGUUCAGUGCUGGUACUGGAACGUACUACAGUGAUUCCAUCUUUUUCCUCUCUGUUGCUCUACACCAGAUAAUGCCAAAAGAUAUCUCUCGAAUCAUUCAGCUAGACUUGGAUUUGAAGUUCCAGACCAACAUCAGGGAACUGUUUGAGGAGUUUGAUAACUUUCUACAGAACUCAGUUAUUGGAAUAGCACAUGAAAUGCAGCCUGUGUACAGACAUACUUUUUGGCAGUACCGUCGUGAAAACCCAAACACCAAAGUUGGAGGUCCUCCACCAGAUGGGAUGCCUGGAUUUAACAGUGGAGUGAUGCUGCUGAACCUAGAAGCCAUGCGACAGUCCAAACUUUACAACCAGCUGUUAGAACCCAAUGCAGUGCGCCUACUUGCAGAAAAAUAUCAUUUCAAAGGUCAUUUGGGAGAUCAAGACUUCUUCUCCAUGAUUGGGAUGGAGCAUCCAGAACUGUUUUAUGUUCUAGACUGUGGCUGGAAUAGGCAGCUGUGCACCUGGUGGAAAGAUCAGGGCUAUGCUGACAUCUUCGACCUAUAUUACAAAUGUGAAAGUCACAUCAGAAUUAUCCAUGGUAAUUGCAAUACUCCAAUUCCCGAAUAAUAGGGCUCAGGGUUAUUUAGAGAUGGAAAAAUCAGUGGUUAAGUAUGCUAUGCUAUUUCACAAAAAAGGGUUGGACAUUUAUAUAUAUUUAAACUUUUUAUGAUGUAAAAAAAAAAAAUCAAGAAGGUCCAACUAGAUGUGGCAUGGUGUUUUCUAGGGAAGAGCGAAUCAAUUUCGGAUGAAGCAUCCGAAGUCGAAUCGCAUAAAAUUUUGUUCUAAUACUUUACGGAGCAGGAGCUCCGUACAGUAUUAGAAUGUAUUGGCUCAGAUGAGCCAAAGUUAUUGCUUCGCAAAGUCUCGUGAGACUUCGCACAGUAACUUCAUAAAUUAAGUUGUGCUGUAAAAAAACAUUUCCAAACUCAGGUUCAGUUCCAAGGUGCCACUUGGAACCGAAUCAGAGUUUCGGAGCCAACACAUUAUAAUACUGUACAGAGCUCCUGCUCCAUGCAGUAUUAGAACAAAGUCUUAUGUGAAUCGACUUUGGAUGUUUCAUCCGAAGUCGAUUCGCUCAUUCCUAGUGUUUCCCAUGGUUUACAUUUCCAUGAAUUAAUAAUUGGAUUUAUUUUCUCUUUUAAUAGUAGGGAACUCUUGGAAAACUGUUCAAAUUAUAUAGAAAUAUACUUUUAACCAGAACUCUUUGGAUUGAUGAAAAUCGUUCCUGAAAUGUUUAUAAAAUGUGCCAAUCCCUAAAUGACACAUUAAAUGAAUACCUUAUGUUGACUUGCAGAAGCAUACUGUCAAAUACAACAGAAAAAACAGUCUAUGCUCUGCCAAAGCUGCACAGAUCUUAGGUAAAUUUCAAUAACCACUUGCUUUAAAGAAUCAUACUAUUACUAUUUUGUGUUUACAGAUAUGGAGCAUAGGUAGAGGUCUUUAACCAGACCUCAGGUAUGAAAGGUUUUUGUGGUACUAGAACUUGUCUAGAAAUAUUGAUUCUUUCCUCUAAAAAUUGAUUGACAUUUCUAUUCUCUAAAGGGGUUGUCUGGGUUCAGAGCUAAACCCGGAAAUGACCAGAAUUUCAUGCUCUGAUGCUCUCCUUUGCCCUGCAUUUUUUGGUGUUCCGGUGACGAACCAGGCUCUCCUCCGGGCUGCCAGGCAGAGCCUUCUGCCCAGCAGUGUGACCGGUGACAUCACCGCCGGUGAUGUAAAACAGCCUGUGAUAUCACCGAACACACUCCGCCCAUCAGUGUGUUAUAGUAAAUAAAAGGGCCCUUGCCCUGCGCGAUCCUGCGCAAGGCAAGGGAGAGCAUCCGAGCAUGAACUGCUCCGAUGCUCAUGUCAGUUGGGGCUGCCUGGGUGAAAUUAUGGGUAUGUCAGGGUUCAGCUCUGAACCCGGACAACCCCUUUAAAGGGGCUUUCCAAGUGUUGUUUAUUUUUAUCGGUAUCUGAUCGGUUGGGGUCCGACACCCGGGACCCCCACCGAUCAACUAUUUGAGAGGGCAGCAGCGCUUGCACUAGUGCCGGAGCCUGCUCUCUGCUUACCAAGCAUAGCGAUGUACAUUGUAUGGUGGCUGUACUUGGUAUCACAACACGACCCGUUCACUUCAAUGGGGCUGAGCUACCCCUAGGCCAUGUGACUGUUGAACAUGUCGUCACUGGCCUAGGAAGAAGGUCGCAACACUACUGCAAGUGCCGCUGCCUUCUCAAACAGCUGAUCGGCCGGGGUCUCGGGUGUCAGACCUUUACCGAUCACACAAAGGUUAGGUCAUCAGUAAAAAAAAAACGCUUGGAAAAUCCCUUUGAAUGAACACUUGCAGCUCCAACCAUUUAUAUAAAUGAUGCACCCAUUGUUGGCCCAGGGAUCAGCCGUAAUCGCCAGGGGAAGAUUGAUGUGGCUACUAAUUUUGUUCACAGCGGCUGCUUUGUCAGGGGGAUUCCAAGUGAGGAAACCAUCUUUGAUUCUCAUAUAACUUAAGAGGGAGUAUAGACAGGAGAUGUUCAGUAGGGACAACCCACUUGAAUUACAGAAACAAAUUUUCCUUUCUAUACGGUAAAUGUGCCAAAUCCAUAUAAGAUUUGCAAAUCCACAGCUUAAAGGGGUUCUCAGUUUUUUUUAAAUACAAAUAGGCUGCAUUGAUGCACAGGCUUGUAUUCAUGACCAAUACAAAUAGGUCAUCAAUACAAACAGGCUGCACAACCCCUUUAGGGUCCAUUCACACUUAAUAGAAAAUGCCUAUUCUUGUCCGAAAUUACGGACAAGAAUAGGACAUGUUCUAUUUUUUCGGGGAACGGAAUUGCGGACCCGGAUGCGCCGGUCCGCAAUUCUGGAUCCGGGCAGCACAUCGUAAUUGCGAAAUUGCGGACGUGUGAAUGGACCCUUAAUAUGUUUUCCUGAAGCAAGCACCAAACAUACACAUAGUAUGAACACAGAAAGAUUUACUACUCCUGUCUAAUAUUUAGACAGUGUAAACUUAGACAGUCUAAAGAUUUCUGGUGCACUGACAACAGUAUAUGUGGGCCAUUUUGGAUGUUAGCAACAUCCUAUAAUAUUUUUAAUUUUAAGGAUGGGAAAAAAAUAAUUACAAAUUGUCUUACAGUGAAGAUUAUUUUGAAAUAGACAUCUGUUACGAAUGUUAAAACUUAACAGAAACGUGCCUGUAAUAUAUGUGUUAUUUUAUUUAGAUGGAUUGAAAUGUGUCUGUAUUAAAUUUAAAUCGGCUGCAGUGCAAAUUGUAUAAAACAAAAUAUAUACUGUACUUGAAGAAUUUAUUUGCUAUAUAAUGGUGCCUCUAAAAUGUUGCAUUUUUUUUUUGAAUGUGUUGCUUAUUGUUAUUUUUAAAUAAAAAAUUAAUGUUA